CUUACUCCUCAUUCAUUCAACACCAAAUAUACUCUAAUCUCUCUCUCUCUCACACACUCUCACUCAGUGAGUUAGUAAUUAAUUAGUAGCAGAUUGAUUAAUCAUGGGGAAGGACGUGGAGGUGGCGGAGCAAGGCGAGUUCUCGGCAAAGGACUACCACGACCCUCCGCCGGCGCCGCUGGUGGACACGGAGGAGCUGACCAAGUGGUCCUUCUACAGAGCUCUCAUCGCAGAGUUCAUCGCCACCCUUCUCUUCCUCUACAUCACCGUACUGACCGUGAUCGGCUACAAGAGCCAGACUGACCCCGCCAAGAAAGCAGACCCCUGCUCUGGCGUCGGCAUCCUCGGCAUCGCCUGGGCUUUCGGCGGCAUGAUCUUCAUCCUCGUCUACUGCACCGCCGGCAUCUCCGGAGGGCACAUAAACCCGGCGGUGACUUUCGGGCUGUUCUUGGCGAGGAAGGUGUCGCUGAUCAGAGCGGUGAUGUACAUGGUAGCACAGUGCUUGGGUGCGAUCUGUGGCGUGGGAUUGGUGAAGGGGUUCCAGAAAUCGUAUUACAACAGGUACGGCGGCGGCGCCAAUGAGGUGGCGUCAGGCUACAACAAGGGCACGGCUCUAGGAGCUGAGAUCAUCGGCACCUUCGUUCUGGUCUACACUGUCUUCUCUGCCACUGAUCCCAAGAGGAACGCAAGAGACUCGCAUGUUCCUGUAUUGGCUCCGCUGCCCAUCGGAUUUGCAGUGUUCAUGGUUCAUCUGGCCACCAUCCCAAUCACAGGGACAGGCAUCAACCCUGCUAGGAGCUUUGGAGCUGCAGUUAUUUACAACGAAGACAAGGCCUGGGAUGACCAGUGGAUCUUCUGGGUUGGACCAUUCGUUGGGGCUGCCAUUGCUGCAUUCUACCACCAGUACAUUCUCAGGGCUGCAGCCAUCAAGGCUUUGGGAUCUUUCAGGAGCACUGCCUAAGAUUAGAUUUAUCUCAAAUUCUCUUCUUUCUUUUUUCUUUUUAAUUAAUCUUAAUUUGCUUUGCAUUGCAUGCAUGUACUUAUAUCUGGUGUUCUCCAUUUUCCUAUUUCCUUUUUAUUUCUCCUGAUCGAUCCUUUUUGUGUAUUCUUGGCGUCUACUUGAAUCAAAGUAUAUGGGCAGUGUAAUUCCUUGUUCUCAAA